AUGUCGCCUAGGCAGGAGCGGAUCGCUGGUGUAAUAUCUUUUGCUUCCCAACUGGCUUCAACUGUUGGACUGAGUGCACCGAACAAUAUAUCUGACGUCAACAUAGAGUUUUUCGAAUCGAUACUAGAGAAGAUUACUACUUUAGAUCAUAAACCUCGAUGGGAUUUCCUGCUACAAUCAUUAUCUAGAUUGAUAGGCAGUUCGCUUGGUUAUAUAUCCAUAAGACAUUUACGCAUAUUCGAUCCCAAUGUUUUAUAUAAUCUUCUUGAACUAAUUGAUCUAUUGGCACAAAAUACUGUUGUUCAGAAAGACUUUAGAAUGGCAGAAGAAAUCCAUAACAAAAAGCUAAAUCCAGAUGAAUUGUAUGGAAACGUGUCAUGUAAACCUGAAAAACUUCGUAACUUAUACUCUCAUCAAAAGUCCUCGCCGAUUCUACUUCAGGAAUCACAAAACAACAUUGAAUCACGAGCACACGAUAACAUGGAGUCUAAAUUACAAAAUAUGGAUAGAACUACAGAAGGUAGUAGCGCUAGGUUGGCUUAUCUUCAAGAAAAACUUAAGACAUGUUUAUCUAGUAUCCCGCUUGACGAAAAUUGUUCAGAAAGUGAUGGUGUGUCUGUACUAACUCGGUCAAACACAUUUCGUACUCAACAGUUAAAACGUGCUUCUUCUGACAAUUGUAACUGCAGCUGCAAAAGUGUACUUAAAUUACAUGCCAAACCUUUAGUGGAUACAUUGCAUAUUUAUGCCGAUAAGCAUUCAACUGUACCAUACCUUGUCAGUCCUACUAAAGAAAAUGAAGACCUGUCCAAUCAAUCGUUUUAUAAAUUAUUAAGUGGAUUUCCUAAAAUAGAUUUAGAUGAACAUGAGGAGCGGAUUUUGCGCAAAAAGGCAUUAAGCGUAAUGAGACAGCUUUCAAGCAAUCCCUCUUCUGGUCUGUCUCCCAUACAUGUUCCUGAAUCUCAUUCACAAAAUACUGAGGAAAGACAGAGACGUCGUCUUGCACAGUUAGUUCAUUAUGAUCGUCAAAUUGAAAACCUCAGAAAACAAAGAGCAAGCGAAACCGUCGAGAGGCGUAUCCGGGGAGAAGCGAGAGAGAGAAAAUUCCAAUUAAUUAGAGCUCGGAAAUAUUUCGACGAAUUUGUCCGUGAAUUCCGUCUGAAAAAAAUUGCCAAGGUUAAUACUGAUGAAAAGAUAUUCCGACAGUUUUUUCAGCAACUGAUUCAAAAGCAAAAAGAAUAUUUUCUUGAAGUAAAAAAACUAGAACGUGAAGAAAAUCUCCAGAAAGAAAAACAAAAAAGGAAAAUCAUGGAAUCGUUAGAACAUGAACAUCGUAUUCGCUUAGAAUUAAUGAAUGAAAAGAUAAAUAAAGAAAGAGAAGAACAAUCGAUUCGUAUGCGUGAAGAACAAAAAGUUCUCAGAGAAAAUAAACGGAAAUUACGCCAACAACUGGAAAUGAAUCUACGCGAAAUGCAGGAAGCAUUUUUAAACAAUCGAGACAGUGUUCAUUUUAGGGAGCAAGAUGCUAAAAUGUUAUUAGCAUCAAAUAACAAUUUUUUAUGUGACAUUAA